AUGUCUACCAAUGAGCGUGGAAAUGCAAAUAAUCCACCAUCUACAGUGUCAAGACUACCUUCGGAAGAGUCAGUAAGUUCCAAUCUGACACAAGCUUCAGAUGAGCUCCCCAGCUUAAGUGUUACACACAAGAGACCGCAUUCAGCGCGAUUGAAAUCACACCAUCGUUCCUCAUCUCACAACAAGCUACUCAACAAACUGUCAGCCUCAGCCUCGGCCUCAGCAUCGGCGUUGGCAACAGCAAGACCGAAUUUGAAUAGGUCGAAAUCCACAGAUGGUUUAAUGAAACGGCAAAAUGCAGCAUUGAAAAGAAGCAAUCGGUCAUUCACGAAAGUUGCCGGAUUACAGCCAUUAACAAAGACAAUGUCAAAUCAGUCUCUCAAAUCAAACAAAUCCAACACAUCGUUGAAAGCAAUGUCAUCAAACAUCAAGUUGAAAGCAUCAAAGCCCAUCAUGCGACUUCAUGAUGACGAUGAGAACGAUGACGAGUACGAGGAUUUAGGUGAUGCUGGUACUGAGCCCAAUGCACCAGCUCCAGAAAGAUUUGAUAGCCAAGAAACAGUAUCUACUGUUGGACUGACAUUUCAACCCAAUGUGCCUAGCCUUUAUGAACAAAUCAAUAGAAUGGUUCCCGACCCAACGCCACAAACGGAACCCAAACUUGAAGUGCUACAAGAGACAAGUUAUUCAAGACCAGAAACUUUUAGUAGUAACAACAACAACAUCAACAACAUCAACAACAGCAGCAGCAGCAACAGGAACAUUGGUAACAACGAUGGCAAAAACGACGCUCGUGAUUAUAAUGGUGAUGGUGGUAGAGGAGCAGUACCACCGAUCCAUUCAACACAAAGCUCAACCGACGAUUUAUCGCAAGCAGCAAACCUUUAUGGGGGCUCAUUACUUCUUUCACAAUCGACAGGUGUUGUAAGAAAGAUUGACCCAGUUGGAAUUAAAGAAACUAUCUCAACAGGUUUCAAGCAUCGCAAUACAAACGUUCUGGAAACACUGGGUAUUUCAUUUAAAGCUAAUCCCAUUGACCCUCAAAGCGAAAAAAAUAGGGCCGCAGAGCCGGUGAUUACCAGUCAAAAUAUUAGCCAGCGAAACUCCUACCAACCUGACCAAACGAUAAUGUCUAACCUUCAGCGAACAAAUGAUCAAUACAAACUGCAAAUCAAUGGCCCAGCACAACAGAACCAGGUACAAAAAGCACAACAAGCACAACAAGCACAACAAGCACAACAAGCACCGCCUACGCAAGCUCCACUGCAACAACGACCACAUCACCAGCCACAACAACAGCCUCUGCGACGGAGAAUGGACACUACAUUUGAGCGUGAACGUCAUGAUCAAUCAAAAUUACUUAAUGACAUAAACAAGUCUGGCUCCACCCCAUCCUUUGCAUCAGAUCACGGGUCUUCAAAAAACAUCGAGACCAGAACACAACAGAAAUUGUGGUUGCAGAGAGAAAGCUCUUUAAUGGACGUGGCAAACAUGGACCAUCCGAAACUUGGGAACUUUUCCAGUUUAUCUUUGAACAAUUUGAUGUUCUCCAAUAGUUACAAUAGUAAUGGAAGUUUGCGUGAUUAUGGCUAUGGUCAUGUAUUUGGAGGAGGAGGGGGAGGUGUCGGAGGCUUAAGCGGAGCAGCAGGCACAGGUACAGUUGCAUCAAACAAUUACAUCAAGCCAAUGACUCCUAUUACUCCCGGAGGUGUAAAUGGAUUGAGUGGCUUCAAUUUUACGCCAGCGCUGGAUCUGCCAAUAAAUGCACAUAGUAUACAGAAUUUUGUGCAAAAUAUACACCAAACUUCGAUCCAGUCUCGUACCGAGUUUGAGCGGCUAAAUAGAGAAUACUUGAACGUCAGAAGACAUCACAAUCCCAUGGCCGAAAGUUUAAAAAGAAUAUCGACUGGUGCUGGGGAAUCAGAGAUCAAAAUUGAAAAGAGAAAUAACAAACGUGGUAACAACAAUCAGUCAAUAGCAAACGACUUCAAUGACUUUGCACCAGCAUACAAGGAGAAAAGGAGUGAGGCCGCUGGCACGGUUAAUAGAAUUUGGCAAGAUGCAAUUUUUUCCAUUGCAUCGAGUCUGAGUCCAAACAAGUCAACAUCAGGAGCUCUGGAAAAUACCAGACCUUCAAAUACAAGAAUGACAUCAGUUGGCAAACACAGUCAGUUUUCUAGACACGGACAACACGCAAAGUAG